GUGACAUCGGCAUCCAUCAAAUACACCUUCAACAAUUGCAAAUGGAAGAGCUGAUCCAUUGGCCUUAGGCAGCUCGAUUGAACAAGGCAGUCUCUGUGACAGCGCGGACUGAGGGGCAGUGAAGUGAUUGAUUGUAGGUACCCAGCAGUUAUCAACUUCACGUGCUUGUUACUGCCUCCAUGUUAAUUACCUUGAGUAUGUUUCUUUUUGUAUUUAUGCUUGUCUUUCGGUGAUCGAGUCUUUCUUCCUGUUCAUCCUGUGCACUCUCACAUGGUGUUCGCGCGAUUGAAUCCUCUGCCGUCUCAAGCACAAAAGAGCUCUUUCUCCUCUUCCACCCAAGCCAUCAUUCCUUUGGAUCGCCGACAUCAUGGCUACAGAUCCACCGACCAUCGCAGACCCUCUGCGUUUGUCUGUUGUAUCUUCACACGCCUCGUCGUCCUCUUCACUGAGUGCCCUAGCAAAGUUUGACAUAUUCUCUGAUGAGCGACUUACCGCAACAAAUGGGCUGUCUGGAUUCUGCACUCCCCUUUCCUCCAACGCCGAUACCGCGGAGUCUUCUGUCAGUGAGGGGACUUUGGAUCUCCGUAAAGACCUCGAUCAGAAGCUGGAAGCGCUGGUCCUUGCUGAAGAGACAUCUCCGCCCUUCCAAAGCCACGCCAACGAAUCUGCUAUCGAAGCAGCAUCAGCCUUUAAGAGUCCCAUCGCCGGGUUCGAAUGUGCCUUUGGCUUCACCGGACUCUUUCAAGAACCUUCCGCACCUCCAAAAGCCAAAGCGGCUUUCCUUGUUGCUCUUAAGGCUGAGAUCGAAGGCAUCGGCAAGAUCCAGAGUGGUCUCCAAGCCUACCAACUCGCCAUCAAUUCUCGCAAAUAUCAUACCUUCAGCACCCGCUUCCUCAUCGGACAGAACACCGCUACAAUCAUCACACUUGACCAGUUGGAUCAGAUCGUGCUGCACCUGAAGAAAGUUGAAGAGGAGGUUCAAAAGAUCGAACACGAAGACACCGAGGUCGAGCAGGGGCUUUUCGAGGCAUUCAGACAUGCACAACCAUGGGUGGCACGUACUCGAGCCAUCUUGAUCCAUUCGCACGUCUUCUACAAGAUCAAUUUUGUCCUGGCCAGCGAGAAGAAGACCACUCGAACCACCACUUGAUCACGACCCGGAAUCUUCUAGGACCAAAUGGAGAGGAGAGUACUAGUUGUUCGUCUUAAAGCUCGAAAAGCGUGCGAACGGGCUGGCGACCGACGCCUUGUAAUUGAAAAUGAAGAGUGCAUACCGACGGCAAGCUUCCAGUACCUAGAUAGUCAAUGGAAAAGCUCCUGUAUUG